AUGGCGGAUACCCCAACGGACCAGUCAUCCACCCAAACCCGAGCACCAUCAGGAUCCGACCCGGAUUUAUUGCAGUACUGGUGCUACCACUGUGACAAGCGGGUGUCAAUCGAAACCCUAGCUGAUCUUCCUGAUGUUAUAUGUUACGAGUGCAAGAAUGGAUUUGUUGAAUUAAUUUCUGCUGCUACAGUUCCAUCGCCGGCUGACGCGCCAACUCACGUCGGUUCCGAUCACAUCGAUGAUCCUAAUUUUGGUAAUCAGUUUAUUCAGGUUCUCCGCCUCAUAGCCGAGGCAGCGCGUGAGGAGGAUGCUCCUCCUCCGCCUCCCUCUGAGCACGCAGAUCCGUCGGAUGAUGAUUAUUUACGGAUCGAGUUAGAUGGAUGGGUUGAUGAUGAUGACGAUGACGAUGAGCAUUCGGUGGAAGUCCAUGAGGAUGCGAAUCAUGAACAGGAGGAGGAUAACGAGAAUCAGGUUCGAUCCGAGGAUGAGAAUGAGGAGGGGAAUGAGGUAAACGAGAAUAGGAGUGAAGAUGAAGAAGAUGAGAUGCGGAGAAGGCGGCGUGAUGUGCUGCGGCUUCGUCUCAGGGAGUUUGCUGCUCGAGCUGCGAGCAGGCGUAACAGGAUUCUCGAUUGGGCCGAGAUUCUAAUGGGGCUGGAGGACCACUCUAUCGAGCUGCGAUUGCAGGUUCCGGAAUCUGAUAAUUUUUUCGGAAACCCAGGGGAUUACGUAGAUGCUGCAGGAUACGAAGCGUUGCUGCAGAAUUUAGCUGAAAGUGAUAGUGGAGGAAGGAAAGGGGCACCACCAGCUUCAAAGGCAACAGUUGAAGGGUUAGAGAAUGUGUUGGUUGAAAAGGAAGAGGAGUCCUUGGUGUGUGCUAUAUGUAAAGAUUCAGUGAAUGUGGGUGAAAUGGCCAGGAAAUUGCCAUGUGGACAUGGAUAUCAUGGCGACUGCAUUGUCCCCUGGUUGGGGUCGCGGAAUACUUGCCCCGUGUGUAGGUUUGAGUUGCCGACUGAUGAUCCCGAGUACGAGGAGGAGAGGAAGAAGAGAGUUGUGGUGGCAGGUCUUAGAGCACCUUCCUCGAGUUCUUCCGGUGGUGGUGGUAGUUAUAAUUCUGGCUUUGAUUGA